CUGUUCUACGCUCCGCGAUCUCAGAUGAACUUCCUCCAGCUUCUGCACCACAGGGCUGAACAGUCAGUUACGGUGAUGUGCCGGAAAUCCGUGGUCUAUUACGACAACGCCAACAAAAACUACAACUCUGCAGCCGAUCUUCUGCUCUCCAACGGAGAUGUCAUAAACUCCUACCAGCAUAGGCGGGUACGCGGGGAGAGUGGCACCUCGUACUUCGAGAUCAAAGUCAAGGACGGUUGCGCGGACCGUUCCGAGAACGGAGGAACAGCAACCUUUGAUCUGAUGGCUAAGAACACAGAAUACCUGCCUGUUCUCGAUAUGAAGAUGUUUGACUUUGGUGAUGAGUCACAGCUGCUGGGCUACUACGUUGAUGCCGUCUGCUUCUCUUAG